CUUCUGUGUGCCUCUUCUCGGAAGUGUUUUUUCGAUUUCCUUCUCUGCAACCAUUGCCCUAAUUGACCUUAUUCGACGCAAGGAUCUAUCUUGUUCGCACGCCUUUGGGAACAUAAAGCUUCUGCUGCGUUUGGAAAAUUACAAGCAUGUUUGGUUCAACAAACCCUAUUGGGCAAUCAUCUUCAAGUCCACUUGGCUUCCAAUCAGUUUUUGGGCAGACCAAUGCAUCGAGUAGCGGCCCUUUUGUCCCAAAGCCAUUUGGUAGUACAACACCACUUGGCUCAAAAACUAGUUCUUUGUUUGGAGGUGCUUUGACUGGCGUAGUUGGUGCAUCUUCCCUCUCUUCAACGACCACCUUUGGUGGUUCUUCUUUGCCAGCCUUUGGCAGUUCAGUGCCUGCUUUUGGGUCAUCUUCAACUUCAGCUUUUGGCAAUUCAUCUUCAUCGUUUGCAGGGUUGUCUACCUUUGGCCAAAAACCUGCUUUUGGAGAGUUUGCAGCUUAUGCUCGAAUGAGUCCUUUUGGAGGUGCUGGACAACCAUCACAAACGGCAUUUGGGAGCAGCAUAUUCGAUUCUUCGACAGAUUUUGGUGCAUCAUCUCAGCCAACACUUGGCUCUACGAGCACCCCCGUCUUUGGUUCUACAAGCACUGCUGCCUUUGGUUCUACAAGCGCCCCAACAUUUGGGGCAACUAGCGCCCCUGCAUUUGGUUCAACCUCAAGUCCAACUUUUGGCCACACAUGGAAUGCGGUUGGUGUAAGCUCUCCUGCAUUUGGAGCUGGUGAAGGAUUUGAUGCGUCAAGUACCCCUUUAUUUCAUUGUUCAGCUAUUCCAGUAUUUGGGACUUCAUCCACUCCUGCAUUUGGUGCUUCUAGUACUCCUUCCUUUAGUUUUGGAUCCACUAUUGGUAAGUCUACUUCAGCAUUUGGUAGCAGUCCAUUUGGGAGCACUUUUUCAUCUGUUGCAGGACAAAGUUAUCCAUUUGGAUCUCAGACAACUUCAUCAGCUUUUGGAAGCACUGGUAUUGAGAACUCUGGUUCGGGGGGUCAACGGGGUGGGAGUAGAGUCAUUCAUUAUGCACCAAUGACUGAAGAAGAUGGUGGUACCUCUAAAUUGGAGUCCAUAUCAGCUAUGCCUAUUUACAAAGAUAAAAGCCAUGAGGAGCUAAGAUGGGAGGAGUAUCAAAUUGGAGAUAAAGGAUCUCAGAUGACUUCAUCAGCUUUUGGAAGUACUUCGACAUCUACAUUUGGAUUUUUGUGUAUGAGAUGCAUAUUGGUAUUUUUCGACCUCUUUUCAACUUUUCGAGGACAGAGAUCUCUAUUUGGAUCUCAAACCACUUCAUUAGCUUCUGGAGGUACUGGUGUUGGGCAUUCUUGUUUCGGGCGUCAGAAGGGUGGGAGUAGAGUUGUUAGUUAUACACCAACAGCUGAAGUAGAUGUUGAUACCUCUGGACGAUCUGCUAAAUUGGAGUCCAUAUCAGCCAUGCCUAUCUACAAAGAUAAAAGCCAUGAGGAGCUAAAAUGGCAGGACUAUCAAAUUGGAGAUUGUAAAGAUAUUGUAGGAGAUAUUAUAAGAUAUCGUCCGUGCACUGUUCACCAGCAUCCGUGCACUGUUCACACGCUACCAGAGGUCCGUUCUCCCGCCAUCUACAGUGCACACGCGCCGGUCAGGGGAGGUCACAGGGUUCCGAUCGGCCAACCACCGGAGUCUCGUCGCCGUCCGAGCAGCGCGUGGCCUUCACGUGCCGUCACCCCGUCCGUGCACUGUUCACGCGCCGUCGCGUUUUGCAGUGUUUUCCGGCGUUGUCUGUCAUUUUCCGGCGUCCUCUCUCGGUUUCCGGCGUCUUCUGUUGUUCCCCGACCCAUCCUUGCUACUUAUACUUCGUGGGUCCCAUUAUUUGUUGUGAUUCAGAGCAAUUUUUUGGCUUCCUGA